GUUGUCUGUGUGUGUCCUGUGCGCUUCCUGCUGUUGCCGGCCUCCACCCCGCUCAACUCCAUCCCAAGCCGACGACCCCUCCUCUCCCCGCCUCCGCCUGCAGCCAUGAAGGGCCCUGGCCUCUUCUCCGACAUCGGCAGGAACGCCAAGGAUCUGCUGACCAAGGACUACACCUGCGACCGGGAGGUUACCCUCUCCACCGUCACCGCCUCCGGGGUGGGUAUCACCUCAACUGCUCUGGAGAAAGGAGGACUUUGUUAUCUUGACAUGAGCUCAGAGUAUAAGCACAAAAAUACGCUCAUCAGUGUCAAAGUGGACACAGAAUCAAAUAUCUCUACUACUUUGACUCUAUUGAAAGCCCUGCCAUCGACAAAGCUUGCGAUUUCUGUUAAGCUGCCUGACUGCAAUGCUAGAAAGAUCUCUACUGCUUUUAAAGUAUCAGAAGCCCUGCCAUACAGGAAGCUUGCAGUCUCUGUUAAACUACCUGAUGAUCCUUUAAAGUUGAAGUUGCAAUACUUCCAUGAAAAUGCAACUUUUGCUACUGUGGUUUGCAUGAAGCCCUCCCCUGCUAUUGAAUUUUCGGGUACAGUAGGUGCUAAAGGUGUUUCCUUUGGUGCUGAAUGUAGAUAUGACACAGCAAGAGGGAAAUUUAGAAAGUACAGAGUUGCGAUUGGCAUGACUAGUAAGUACUAUCAUGCUGCAUUCAUUCUUGCCGACAGAGGUGACACCAUCAAAGUGUAUGGCCUGUACCACUUUGAUAAGAAGCAGAAGGCGUCAGCUGUAGUAGAACUUACGCGGAAGCUCUCAAAGAAUGAGAACACGCUCACUGUUGGCGGCCUGUACACUGUUGAUGCUCAGACAACAGUCAAGGCAAGGCUCAACAACACUGGAAAUCUUGCCGCUCUUCUUCGGCUUGAGGUGAAACCAAGGUCGCAUCUGAUGAUCUCGGGUGAAUUCGACAUGAAGGCCUUGGAUAGACCUCCCAAGAUUGGUCUGGCUCUUGCUCUUGUACCCUGAUCAGGUGCUCUAUGGUAGAGACCUUACAGAACAUUGAGUUUUGUUUUUGGCGGCUUUGCAAAGCUGAGGGAAAUGACUUGGUUCAGUAGACAGCGAUUACUCCGUUGACGUCUUGAAACUUGAAAGUGGGGCAAAAUACCGGAUUUGGCAAGUUGUUGACCACAUUUGUCUUGAAGGCAUCAGACACUAUGUCGCUCGCUGGCAGAUGCUAUUUCGCGAUUGAACCACUGUCUAUUAUUA